AACAACACAAUGUACUGGUGGUGGUUACAGCGUGUUUUCAUUCCGGGAGUGUUUUCCGGCAGAUGGUACAACGGCCAAAAGGAAAACCGAACAAUUUACAUUGGUAAUAAACGCUCUCUUCUCAUUGGAAUGGCACGAAUAAGGCAACUCAGAGUGAGAUCGACACAAUGUAAAGUCCUCAACUAUAUGGAAACAUUGUUCGAAGAAUGUUUCAAGGGAUACUCGACAGAGAACGAAGAAAAGACCGCCUACAACAAACCAGGCUGGAUGCCUUUUGACAAUGCUACUAGGAAUGACGAGUUAUUACAACCUUGCCCGAAGCCAUGGCGAUAUCAAAAUGCCGAGGAAACCGACACUACACCCAGGUGGGGACAGUUCUCCUUUUAUGAUGGAGGAGGAUUUGUAGCAGACCUCGGCUAUGAUAGCCAUACGGGAUUCAGUACAGUAACAAAUUUAAAAGACAACGGCUGGAUUGACAGGCAAACCAGAGUUGUCCUGGCAGAGUUUUCGACAUUCAAUCCGUCGGUAAAUAUUUUAGGUGUUGCCACAUACUUCUAUGAAGUUGAUGCAUCUGGACUGAAAGCAGCCUCUGUGCAAACUCGUGUUCUUUCACUUGAUUCUACAAACGCACCUUCGCAUCAGUUUUAUUUGAUUUGCUUGUUUCUGUACACUGUAUUCGUUUUUCUGUAUUUUGGAAGAGAAAUGUUUAGGCUUUAUAAUCAUCGCUCUCGAUAUUUCAAGUCCGUGUGGAACUGGGUCGAGAUCUUCCAAAUUGUUUUUUCUCUGUUUGCUGUGGUAAUGUACGUAAUACGACAAAGUAAAACCCUUUCAACUAUGGGUAAACUGCAUAAAAACAUUUACGCAAAUCUAAGUUUCCAAGAAGCUAUCACUUGCCAAGAAGUGGAAAUUGUCGUACUUGGAAUUCUUAUUUUCAUCGUCACUACCAAGCUCUUGCGAAUCAUUCGCUUCAACAGCUAUGUCGCUCUAUUCUCCAAAACAUUGAAAAUAUCUGCACGAUCUUUGUCAUCCUUUAGUAUUAUUUUAUUGAUUUUCUUUGUGGCAUUUUUGCAUUUUGGUGUCUUGAUGUUUGGCUCUGUAUCUGAGCGCUACUCUUCGCUGCUGAAAGGAGUUUAUUUCCAGCUCGAGCUAACUCUUGGUCGAGUGAAAGCUAGACCAAUCAAUGAACUAGCUGAGGCUAGUACCAUAUACGCCAAAAUAUUCGCCUUUUUAAUCCUCUUCACUCUCACUGUCCUCUGCAUGAACUUCUUUAUCGGCAUGAUCAACGAUGCUCUUUUGGAUGCUAAGAACAAUGUGAGCGAAAGUGAGCUGUAUGAACUUAUUGAUGAGAACCGUUGGUUGAGGUCAAAAGAAAGAAAAGAACUUUUCGAUGCAAUCAGUAAUACAUUGAAACAGUCGAGAACUUCCAAAACGUCAGCAAAAGUAAAAGAAAAAGAAUCAGGAAACGUUGGCCUUUACUCCAAGAACAGUUCCAAUCUCAACUUUGAUUUAAUAAGUCAAGCUAUCAUAGCUUGGAGGAAGAAAAGAUCCAGAGAAACAAUAGAUAAACGGCAAUGCAGCACAAGGAGACAAUCUUUGUUCGACAAGAUAAGCAACAUGUUAAAAUCUCUGAAAGGUGAAAGCAAUGUUGACGGCAGUAAACGUAGAGAAAAAAAGAAAGUAAGAUUUCAAGAGGACGUCGUCGAGUUUUCUCUCCGUAAAUUACGUAGGAGACGGGAUGACCUGUUACAACGGUUCGAGAGUAUUGUUUCUGGGUUCUCGGAAGAAGAUGAAGAAUUUAAUUAUUUAUUAAAAACAGCAGAGGCUUAUAACUAUUAGGCUGAGAGAGAAUAAAAAGAAAAAGGGAAAGGAAGUAAAACACUUCAUCGAAAAUUAAGGUAAAAACAGAUAGUUAAGCAAAAUCAUCUGGUAAACACAAAGAAAUAGCAGGAAUUCCCCACCGUGUCGUAGCAUUGUGGUGACUAGCAAAAAAGGAAAAAAUCAAGCAAUCAAUUUUUCGCAUUUUUUUAAAGCUGAUCUCAGAGGAAGAACUCGUAAACAUUUUUUCAGAGCCUAUUGAUUGUAUAUAAAUAUGGCUCGUAUUCAACGGCAAUAAAUAUGAACUCUUUCACCAUUUAAAACAGAUUAACACUAAGGAAGUUGAGUAUUGUUAUGUUAUAAUUCUGCCUGUAAUAUUCUGUAGCAAAAAGAUGGAGCGAUUUCGAUGAAUAUGUGCGAGCUCUCAAAGAUUUUAAAGAUUUUAAAAAUUAUUUGUAUUUGAGACUUUCGGAAUACUUCCUGUGAAUAUUAUCGAUCAUUUUAUUGCUAAGC